CAAACAGCCAAGCAGCCCACGUUUUUUCCGGUAGAUACAAGAGCGGCAGAGUUCACCCGGCCGUUCAGUAGUUCGUGAGAAGCCAACGUGACUGUUUGUCGUUCAACGCAGCCAAGUAGCCAAAUAUUGUACAAGGAGUGCGUGCGCUUAGCAAAAAAAAAAAAAAAUUUUUAAGGGAAAAAACUUAAGUGAAAUACGAGAUUUGUGAAAUAUUUAAAAUUCAUAAAGUAAAAAAACACAACUCCAACUAGCAAGGUUGCACAAACUUGCGUGUGAUUUUGUGAAAAAAAAAAAACUUACGAGAAGUCAAUAAACUGAAGACAGUAGAAAUCGGAAAAUAGAAAAUAUCUCUGCACACUUUUUGACUGUUUUCCUGUCGUAUAGGAAACAAUAAUAAAAACUCAAACUCAAACUCUACUCAAAGUCCAUUGUCGCAUCCCAAGUGUCGUGUGAAAAUAUAAUGAUUAAUAGGUCUUCUUCAAUUAAAAAUUUGUGGUUGUUCAAAAACUCCCAUCUAAAUGCGUUACUCGUUGAUGGGUUUGUGAGUAAACGUGGUAAGGCGACUGCUUUAAAUUUGGCUGAAAAUUUGGAAGAAGCGACGAAUGGCAACGGUAUUAACGGCAGUAAGGGCAAAGAUAGUAAAGACAGCAAAGCGUCAGCAAUUAACAACAGCAAAGGCAACAACAAUAAUUGUAAGAACUAUACCAACAACAGUACCACCAAUUUAACGGAGGCAAAGCAGCAAACGUACUACAACAAAAAUGUUUGGUUGGAUGAUCGCUCCAAGUAUGGUCAUACCGGACAGGAGUUACAGGAUAGAAUUGCCUCUGAGAGGAGCUUGCGGGCCGCACCAUUGCUGAAUCUAGUGUUUGCCAAUCGGAAAUUGUCCUUUUACGACACCAAUCACACACCCGGCAGAGAUGACGGCAUCCGCCAACAGAAGCGUUUCUUAUCCAUGCGACCUCAUCGCGAGCAGGAGCAACGCAACGCCGAAGAUGUGCUCUUUGAUAUGUUCUACAAUGAAGAGACGGGUCUCAUUUCGAUGGGCAAAUUUUUGGCCGCACUCAAGACGACCGGCAUCAGGCGCAGCGACCCACGUAUACGUGAAUUGAUGGAAAACCUGAAGAAGGUGCACAAAUUGUCUAACUAUGAAACUGGUUCGUCCGCCGAAACUCAAAACCUGAAUCGUGAAACUUUCAAGGCUGUCGUUGCCCAAAACAUCGUUUUGAUUGCCAAAGCUUUUCGUCAACAAUUCAUCAUUCCUGAUUUUGUGAGCUUCGUUAAGGAUGUCGAAGAUAUAUACUGGAAGUGUAAGACGAAUACCGAUGGCAAUGUAGCCGAUUAUAUACCUCAAUUAGCGCGCCACAGCUCCGAUUCAUGGGGUGUGAGCAUCUGUACGAUCGAUGGUCAGCGUUACUCUAUUGGCGAUGUGGAAAUACCGUUCACUUUGCAGAGUUGCAGCAAGCCGUUGACGUACGCCAUUGCUUUGGAGAAGCUGGGACCGAAGGUGGUGCACUCGUAUGUAGGCCAAGAGCCAAGUGGUCGCAAUUUCAACGAAUUGGUGUUGGAUCACAAUAACAAGCCACACAACCCUAUGAUCAAUGCAGGCGCCAUUCUGACCUGUUCACUGCUGCAGGCGUUAAUCAAGCCAGAUAUGACGGCGGCUGAAAAGUUUGACUAUACAUUGCAGUGGUUCAAGCGCUUGUCAGGCGGUGAGAAUAUUAGUUUCAAUAAUGCAGUGUUCCUGUCGGAGCGUGAAGCAGCAGAUCGUAAUUAUGCUUUGGGCUUUUAUAUGCGCGAAAAUAAAUGCUAUCCAAAGCGUACGAAUCUCAAAGAGGUGAUGGACUUUUACUUCCAGUGCUGCUCCAUGGAGACAACCUGUGAAGCCAUGUCCGUCAUUGCCGCAACACUGGCGAACGGUGGCAUUUGCCCUACCACAGAAGAGAAAAUUUUACGUCCCGAAGUGGUGCGCGAUGUACUCUCCAUAAUGCAUUCGUGCGGCACCUAUGACUAUUCCGGUCAAUUCGCCUUCAAAGUGGGACUACCCGCCAAAUCUGGUGUAUCCGGUGGCAUGAUGUUAGUGAUUCCCAAUGUGAUGGGCAUUUUCACAUGGUCACCGCCACUCGACAAGCUCGGCAAUAGUGUGCGUGGUGUGCAAUUCUGUGAGGAGUUGGUGAGCGUCUUCAAUUUCCAUCGCUAUGACAAUCUAAAGCAUGCGUCGGAUAAGAAGGAUCCGCGCAAGCAUCGUUACGAGACCAAAGGACUGUCAAUUGUUAAUCUGCUAUUCUCGGCGGCCAGUGGUGAUGUGACAGCAUUACGGCGUCAUCGCCUCUCCGGCAUGGAUAUCACGCUGGCCGACUACGAUGGCAGAACGGCGCUACAUUUAGCCGCCUCCGAAGGUCAUUUGGACUGUGUGAAGUUUUUGUUGGAGCACUGUCAGGUGCCACAUAAUCCAAAAGAUCGUUGGGGUAAUUUACCUAUAGAUGAAGCGGAAAACUUCGGCCAUUUCGGUAUAGUUGAGUACUUGAAGGAAUGGGCAGAGAAGGUUGAAGCAGCGGAAGCACACACACCAGAGGCGAUUGUUAAGAAUACCGAGGCGGAUGAGGAAAUUGUUACCUCCAAUCAUAGCACAAGCUCUGAAUACGAUCGCAGCGCCACUGCUAGUCCAAUACCUUCGGAUACGAGCAGCACCAGCGGUAUUGGUGAUAAUACCAAACCCGGUUUAUAAACUCACCACGCCAUGCAUGACGCCUACUGUCAUCACACAACAGACAUACACGCCCAUCAACACACAUCACGCAUGCCACAGGCAAUGACUUAAACGAUUCAUGGAGAAUCUCCCACAUUUCGCCAUAUACCAAAAAACAAAAAAUUAAAAAAAAAAUUAAAAAAACUCAUUCGCUUAACGCAACGCACUCCCGAGUUUCGGAAGAUGCAGCAGCUCUUCGCUUCGAUAUGCAUAUUAACAUAAUACUAUACAUACAUACAUAUGUACUAGUGUACGACUUGAUUUCAUUUAUUUACAAAAUUAUUUAUAGUUUAGUGCUGUAGCAGUAAUUUUAGAUACUAGAGGUCUCAUACCUAGUGAAACUUUUUUUUUUAAAUACUUAAGCAGAUGCUGUGCAAUGAACGACUAUGUACAUACUUAUGUAUGUACGUAGUGCUCGUGCAGUGCAGGUGCUGCCAAACAUAUGGAUAUUUACUUAAGUACUAUAUAUACGUAUUUUUUGUCUGUUUAUUUGAAUAUACUCGAUGUUAGCGGGUGAAAUGUGUUAAAGAGUCGAAUACUGAGCCAAAUCCAUUAGAUUUGACUAGAAUUAGUGUUGGCGCUCAGGAGUAGAGUGGAAAUUUUUGCAUAGAUCAAUGAAAGCGUUGAAAUGUAAUUUUUCGACAACUUAAUGGCAAUGAGUUUUUUGAAGGCUAAACAAACGAGUUGUUCAUGUAAGCGAUUUUAUGUGAAUUUUUUCACUCGAUGACGGACUGGGCGCUGUGACAGACUGUCUGAAUGCAUUAUAAAAUGUAUUAGUGAAAACCCGGCUAUUGUUUCCUAUAAAUUGUAGUUGAGAAAAAAAUAUAGUUGUGAAAAAAGAAAAAAAAAUUAAAAUUUGUUCAAUUAUGUGACUCUAAACAGGGUCUAAAAACAGGUUUAAUGCAGGCAUAAACUCGAUUCAUUACCGCGCAAUCCGGCUGUCAUAAAAUGAAAACUAUGAUAUUUUGGUUAAGCACAUAAUUGAACAAUAAAAUUAAUAAAAAAAUAAGGAUAAUGAAGCAGAUUUAUCGAAAACGGUACUUAAAUUUGCGUUUGAAAACCUACACAAACAUAUGACAAAAAAUGACAAUAAUAUUUGACUUGCAGCAUUUUACCCAAAGUAAAAUGUGAAAAAAUACUAUUACACUAUGCAACAUAAUUUAUUUCACUGAUAAGAGUUAAGGUAAAUUCGAUAAAAUGUGCGAUGCUUAACUCGAACGUCAGGUCUAGGAAAUUUUGUAUAAUUUCCUAGCUUUACUAAACAAAAUCUGAAGCAAAUACCAAUACAUACAGAAAAAUAACUAUUACACUAUGCAACAUAUUUUUUUUAAUGAUAAGAGUUUAAUUAAAUUCGAUAAAAUUUGCGUGAUUUAACCCGAAAUUCUGGUCUUGAAAAUUUUGUAUAAUUUCCUAAAUUUGCUAAACGAAAUGUGAAGCAAAUACAUACAGAACUAUUACACUAUGCAACAUAAUUUUUAUCACUGAUAAGAGUUCAAUUAAAUUCGAUGAAAUUUGCGAAGUUUAACACGAACGCCUGGCAUAGGAAAUUUCGUAUUAUUUCCCAAUUAAAAAAAAAAAUAGUUUGAAAGAAAAUUAGCCUUCAAGUUUCUCAAUUCUUAGAGAGUAAACAAAAUGCCACUGGAAUUUGUGAGUGAAUUGAAUACAAAGUACUUAUUUUAGUACUAAGUUAUAGAGUAAAAAAUUUCUUCAAAAGCGCAUUGAAAUUCUUAUUUUUUUUAUUAUUAUUAUUAUUUUAUUUUUGUAGUGCUGAAUAUUCAGCAUUAAAUUUAAUAGCGAGCGUCAAUGGACAUAAAGCUUUGAUUUAAUUGUAACUUUAUAUAUUUGACUGCACCAGCGUAUAAAGUGAGCUUUCAUUGGCUUCGAGCAGUGAAAGCUCAUGAAAAUCUAGUACGCGUAACAAUUUUGUUUCGUUAGCGGAUUUUUUCUACAUAUUGAGCUUUUUCACCAGGCUUUUUCACUCCUUUAAUCCAAUCUUUCCCAACAUAAUUUCGUGAUAUAAAAUUUUUGAGGCUGAACUCGUUAUCAGCACUUGGCAAGCUAUCGAAAAUAUCCAAUAAAAAACAAAAAAAAACGAAAAAUAUUGUUGCAUGGUCCAUAUUAACAAAGCUUUGCUAGUAAGGCCUUCCGCAAAAUCUGAUCGCACAACUUGUUUUACAACAUUUAAAUUAUUGAAAACUUUCUUUUUACCUUACAGUCAAAAUAAUUGGAAAUGAAUGAAAUUACUGAUUGCAAUUACAAGCCAGUUUAAAAGAAAUUGCGCAUUCGUCAAUUACGUACAUAGAUUCAAUAAAUGUCCAAGUAUAAAAAUCUCUACAAUUCAUCGAAAAAUGUACUUAUUGCACUUUGUAUUCAUAAUAAUGUUUUGCAAUGAAUUCAGUUUGUAUACUUUUAGACGUAAGUUUUUUAAAUCAUCAAAUCACAAAAGUCAAAAACCUUAAAUAUUUAAUUUUUUAGCAACUACCAUAUUUUAGCUGUGAUUAGUUUGUUCUGUUCUGGUAGACUUCAAUAACAUUCGACUUCUAUGUAGAAAAUAGUGACUUACUUACAUUUAUGUAUUUAUUUUAUGCAUACACAUUUUAUAUAGAACAAAAAUUAUUUUCAUUAAUUUUGUCCCUGUUUCUGAUAUUGUAAUCAAUAAUGUUGUGGCAUUUACUUAAACAGAAAAAAUAAAAAUAAAUAAUUACUUUGUACUCGUUUACACAAAUAUUGUUAGAAAUCAUUCAUUUAUGCAAAUUUCAAAAUAUGAAUCACUUACCGAAAUACCUACCUAAUGGCCCUUUAAAAUAUACUUAUAUAUAAAGAGAUAAUUACAAAAGUACAUACCUAUAAAAGUUUUAUGAAAAAGUUUGCAGUUUGUAACUGUUUUUUCGAGAUUUUAUUGUCGUUUAUGAAAGUUUAUAGCGAUUGCUGAUGUGGUCUCCGGCUGUAUUUGGCUGUUUGCAUAAGUAAUAAAAAAUAUAUUUCUAUGUAGAACUAUAUAAAUGUACUGUACUUAUGCUUUGAAUAUCACUCAAAAUAUUUACAAAUAUAUAUUAAAUAAAAUACUUACAGUGUAAAAUGCACAUACUACAGUGACAAAAUAAA